CUCCGAAUAGCACAGUUACCAAAAAUAUCUCAAACAAUCAACAUGUUCAAAUUUGUUGCUUUCGCCACUCUUUUGGCUUUCGCCAAUGCGGGAGUUCCUUUGGGUCUCCAUGGAUAUGCUGCCCCAGCCGUAGCAAGCUACAGUGCUGCCCCAGCUGUGUCCCACGCUUACAUUUCAACUCCAGCUGUUGCUAAAGUAGCAGCUCCAGUUGCAUACUCUGCUCCAGCUUACUCCACCUAUGCCGCUCCAGUUGCCAAAGUUGCCUAUUCCGCCCCAACUUACUCCACAUACGCCGCUCCAUCUUACUCUUAUUCCGCCCCAACCAUCGCCAAAUACGCACCAGCUCCAGUCACCUACUCCGCCCCAGUUGUAGCUAAAUACGCCUCCCCCGUCGUAGCUAAAACCUACGUUGCCGAACCAGUUGCUCCAGCUGCUUACGAUUUCGCCUAUGCCGUCAACGACCCACAUACCGGAGACUCCAAAACCCAACAAGAAUCCAGACAAGGAGAUGUUGUCCAUGGAUCUUAUUCUUUGGUUGAAGCUGACGGAACCAAACGUAUUGUUGAAUACACCGCUGAUGCCCACAACGGAUUCAACGCUGUUGUCCACAAAGAAGGAGAACCAGUUGUUAAAGCUGUAGCCCCAGUCGCUUACAGUGCUCCAGUUGCCAAAGUUGUGUCUCCAUAUGCCUACUCCGCACCAAUUGCUAAAGUAGCUGCUCCAGUAGCUUAUGCUGCCCCAGCCUACUACCAUUAAGUUAAAUAAACCAAACUUCGGAUCAAUUGUGUCAAUUGAUGCCGAAAACAAACGUGGAUGAUUGAUAGAAAAUGAAUGGUUUUAACGUAUUGUUAUUUAUUGAUACCGAUUUGUAUGAAGCACUAUCUGUAUAUAAUUGCAAUUUUUGGUGAAUUUCUUUUUGUACCAUAAUAAAGGAGAUUUAUCUUUAAA